AUGGCGCAGUAUGGAAAGGCAGAGUACUGGGAGGAGCGCUACACACGAGACCCCGAGCCCUUCGACUGGUACCAGCGAUGGGCAGGGCUGAAGGACACUUUCGCGGAGUACAUUCAGCCCGCUCACAGCAUUUUGAUGCUUGGCUGUGGAAACUCACGGCUCAGUGAAGAGAUGUACGAGGAGGGCUACCACUCCGUGACGAACAUUGACAUGGCUAUGACGGUUGUCAAGGCGAUGCAAGAGAAGUAUCGCGACAAGCCCGGAAUGACCUACAAGCAGAUGGACGGCCGGUCCAUGGAGUUGCCAGAUGCCAACUUCAACGUAGUCAUUGACAAGGCUUGUUUGGAUUCCGUACUCUGUGGAGAAGGAUCGACGCACAACGCGCAAAAGAUCCUGACAGAGGUUUCCAGAGUCUUGCAGCCGAACGGUGUCUACGUUUGCGUGUCGCAUGGGCAGCCGUCUUAUCGACUCACGUACUUGCAGAGACCAGAGUUUGGAUGGAACGUAAAAACAUACACGGUGCAGAAACCGAUGAUGGGCAUGACUGCGUCCUUGUCCGCGGACGACAAGGACAGUGUGCACUAUAUCUAUGUUUGUGUGAAAGGAGAGGUUGCCAAAGAUGGCUGA